CAAACACGAAGCGACAUGUGCUCAGAGAUCGAGUGCGCGGUUUGUUACCGCACCUACAACCCGGGGCUCCGCUGCCCCCGGGAGCUCCGCUGCAAACACAGCUUCUGCGAGAGCUGCCUGCGGACCCUGAGCCGGCCGCCGGGACCCGAACACGCCGCUCCGCUGCACCACCGGCUCAUCUGCUGCCCGCUGUGCCGGGAGCACACCGUCCUCCCCCCGGAGGGGAGCGUCAGGACCGAGCUGAGGGUGGACGAGGUCGUCCUGGAGCGGCUGCUGGCUGCAGGAGUCCUCGACCGGGAGGACGAGCCGGAGGCGGAGGUCCCAGAGAGUCCAGCCGAGGAGGGAGACUCCUCCGCGGGCGUCAGAGGAGGGAGGCCCCGGAGGAGCUGGAGGAAAGUCUGGAGGAGGAUCAGCGGGAGCUGCCAGAGACAAGGUGAGGAGGCAGGCAGCAAGCCUCCUGCUGCCCUGGGGUCAAAAUGACUGGGAGGA